AUGUACACCCCAACACCUCCACCUCCUGUUCUACCACCGAAACCAAAUAGUCACGAUGCUAGUCGCCUAGGUACACCUGCCGCAGCUAGCUCUCCCCGGCCACCACCCCCCAUCCCCGACGAUGCAUUCACGAGGUCUAUGGAAGGGAGGAACCAAGCAUCCAUCGCUACCGAUGCUUCCGGCCUAAUUCCUGCUCAGAUACCCCUUCAUGACCCUAUACCAGAUCCUGGCGAGCAGUGGCUACCCAGGAUGCUAGAGGAUAAAUCAAAACAAGACCUCGCCGAAAUACUCAGCCAACCAGCCAUUCUUGACGCCCUCACCCACGCCCCCGACUCCAUCCACCCUUCCCUCGCCGCCACUCGCGACGCUCUGCUCUCCGCGCUCAACGAAAACAUCCAGCUAGCGGCCCACUUGACAGAUCUCGAGGCCCACCUCGGCGCCCAGCGUGCCGCCGCACAAGCUCAACUUCUGUCCACCCAUGCGCUCGAGCGCCAGUGGCGCCAAAAGCAGGCCGAGAUGGAUGCUGCCCUGGCGCCGUUCGCGCCGGCCGCGCUGUACGCGAGACUCGGCCAGAGCUUGGCGGAGCAGGAGGCCGUGUGCCGGGCCCUAGAGGAGAGUUUUCUCGAGGGGGGAGGUGCGAGCAUUCGUGAGGGAGGGGGGGAGGUGGCGACCGAGAGAGAGACGCUGGAUUGGGCGAGGAGAUACCGCGAGGCCAAGAAGUUGUACUAUCUACGCCAUGAGCGCAGGGAGAGAUGGAACGAGCAUCGUGUUGGUGGGUGGCGGUGA